UCAGUAGACCCCACGCAUCCAAUCCAUCCCAUGCAAUUAUGCAACUUCUCUCUCUCCACACGUAGCUGCUUCUCCUUGGCCUUGCCCUUGAAGAUACAUACAUGCUACUUACUCACACUCACUUAUAUAUCUUAUCACCACUCUUUUCACGGAUUCCUUGGCACCUUGAACGCGGUGCAGAUCUGCACAAGGAAUUAGUUUAAAAAUUGUGUUCAACAAGGAAAAAGGGGAAAGAGAACGGGGAAAUCUUUUGGAGAAGAAUGGUUUAUACGUUACCUGGGGUGCGCCUGCCUACUGUGCCAUCGGUGUACAAGCUUGGCAGCAAUGGUGCGAGCUCGCAUGGUGAUAUUAGGAAUCCCCAUCUCUCGUUUUUCUUGAAAAAUAAAUCUCAUUCACGUAAGAUUUUUUGUGGAAAGACCUAUGAGUCUGGAUCCCAAUCUUCUACAGCAACCGCAUCAGAGAAGGUCCUUGUUCCAGGCAAUGAGAACGAUGACUCCACUUCUCCAACAGAACAAUUUGAGGACCCCAAGAUAGUGUCAGAUAAUCCUGAGGCAUGUCAGCAUGAAAAAGAAUACAGAAUAUUGGGUGGUGUUGAAAGUUCAGAAAUGGAACAUGAAACGGAAAUUGAAGAGGAAAAAAACUUGGUUGAGGAAAGCAGUUCCAGUGAUGCCAUUAGAGGGGAAGACUCUAUCUCUGAACAAAUACUAGAUGGAGAUGUUAAUGCAAAAUCUGAAGGAACAUCAGACUCAACAUAUAAAACAAUAAGUGAUGAAACUUCCAGGGUCAGAGAGACGGUCAUCCGUCAACCUGGAAUUGGUCAGAGGAUAUAUGAGAUUGAUCCACUUUUGAGCAAUCAUCGUGAACAUCUUGAUUAUCGGUAUGGCCAGUAUAGAAGAUUGCGCGAUUCAAUUGACAAGAAUGAGGGUGGACUGGAAAAGUUUUCUCGUGGUUAUGAAAAACUAGGUUUUAAUCGCAGUGAGACAGGUAUUACUUACAGGGAGUGGGCACCUGGGGCCAAGUGGGCUGCACUUAUUGGAGAUUUCAACAACUGGAAUCCUAAUGCUGAUGUUAUGACUCGUGAUGAAUUUGGCGUUUGGGAGAUAUUUUUACCAAACAAUGUGGAUGGGUCUCCAGCUAUUCCCCAUGGUUCCCGUGUAAAGAUUCGUAUGGAUACUCCAUCUGGCAUGAAAGAUUCUAUUCCUGCUUGGAUAAAGUUUUCCGUUCAGGCUCCUGGAGAAAUUCCAUAUAAUGGAGUAUAUUAUGAUCCACCAGAGGAGGAAAGGUAUGUUUUUAAACAUCCUCGUCCGAAGAAACCAAAGUCACUCCGGAUAUACGAGUCCCAUGUUGGAAUGAGUAGUAAGGAUCCUGUGAUCAAUACAUAUGCCAACUUCAGGGAUGAAGUGCUCCCUCGCAUCAAGAGACUUGGGUAUAAUGCUGUUCAGAUAAUGGCAAUUCAGGAGCAUUCAUAUUAUGCAAGUUUCGGUUACCAUGUGACAAAUUUCUUUGCACCAAGCAGUCGCUUUGGGACUCCAGAUGAGCUUAAGUCUUUAAUAGAUAAAGCUCAUGAGCUGGAUUUGGUUGUUCUCAUGGAUAUUGUGCACAGCCACGCAUCGAAGAACACUUUGGAUGGAUUGAACAUGUUUGAUGGCACUGAUAGCUGUUACUUCCACUCUGGACCGCGGGGUUAUCAUUGGAUGUGGGAUUCUCGUCUGUUUAACUAUGGACAAUGGGAAGUUUUAAGGUAUCUCCUCUCUAAUGCAAGAUGGUGGUUGGAUGAGUACAAGUUCGACGGUUUCAGAUUUGAUGGUGUGACAUCAAUGAUGUAUACUCACCAUGGUCUCCAGACGGAAUUUACUGGGAACUACAAUGAGUACUUUGGAUACGCAACAGAUGUCGAUGCUAUGGUGUACCUGAUGCUGGUUAAUGAUCUCAUUCAUGGGCUCUUUCCUGAAGCCAUAACAGUUGGUGAAGAUGUCAGUGGCAUGCCAACUUUCUGUAUUCCUGUUCAAGACGGUGGGGUUGGAUUUGACUAUCGCCUACACAUGGCAAUUGCUGAUAAGUGGAUAGAAAUUCUCAAGAAAAGGGAUGAAGAUUGGAAAAUGGGAGAUAUUAUACACACUCUUACAAACAGAAGGUGGCUGGAAAAAUGUAUUGCCUAUGCAGAAAGUCAUGACCAAGCGCUGGUUGGAGAUAAAACUAUUGCAUUCUGGUUGAUGGAUAAGGAUAUGUAUGAGUUCAUGGCACUGGAUAGACCAUCUACUCCCUUAAUAGAUCGUGGAAUAGCCUUACACAAAAUGAUAAGGCUUAUUACAAUGGGGUUAGGUGGAGAAGGGUACCUGAAUUUCAUGGGAAAUGAAUUUGGACAUCCUGAGUGGAUAGAUUUUCCUAGAGGCGAUCAACAUCUUCCUGGUGGCGCAGUUAUUCCAGGGAAUAACUUCAGUUAUGACAAGUGCAGGCGUAGAUUCGAUCUGGGUGAUGCAGAUUAUUUAAGAUAUCGUGGAAUGCAAGAAUUUGACCAAGCAAUGCAGCAUCUUGAAGAAAAAUAUGGUUUCAUGACGUCAGAGCAUCAGUAUAUAUCAAGGAAGGAUGAAGGAGAUAGGAUAAUUGUUUUCGAAAGGGGAGACUUAGUCUUUGUCUUUAAUUUCCAUUGGAGUAAUAGUUAUUCAGAUUACCGGGUAGGCUGCUUAAAGCCAGGAAAAUACAAGGUUGUUUUGGACUCAGAUGAUCCAUUAUUUGGGGGCUUCAGCAGAAUUAAUCAUGAGGCAGAGUAUUUUACCUCUGAAGGGUUGCACGAUGGCCGGCCUCGUUCUUUUUUUAUCUAUGCACCUUCUAGAACAGCUGUAGUCUAUGCCUUGGCAGAAGAUAAAGUGGAACCUGUUGAUGCUGAAGUUAGUAAGAUGUAUGUAGCCGAUUAGUACAGUUAGCUGUCUGGCUGACACUAGUUGAUUUUGGUAACGAUUGAUCCAUGCUGGUGCGCGCCUGUAUCUGGGUUUCUGAACCAGUUGAAGAAGCAACUAAGAGGAGAAAAGACGGAAGUGUAGGGAGACCUGGUAAGUAUAUUAAUGGCAGUAGUCAAGAUUAUUUUCAGGUACUUGUACGAGUAUGAGCGACAGAUGUUCAUCUUGCUAUAUCCACGAAUGUCAAUCAUUGCAUCCAACGUUAGUAUGGCCUCUGUACUUGUACAGAAGUCAACUUCCCUUAGCAAUGCCUUCUUUCCCCCUAGUAAAGUUCCGUGUUAUCUGCAUUAGCAGCACAUAAUUAUAGGCCAUAGCACCAUUUGUUUAAGAACUGCUCCUACUAUUUUUCCCUGUUGAAAUAAUGAGAGCCCAAGCAAGUAUAACGUGUCUUUUGUA